AAAUGAUCUCUGAGGUCUUGGACCCAGGCCAAUCAGCUGUCAGGGCUCAUGAUAAAUCGCAAUGCAUUAUUGAUAAUAAUAAUUACUGGGACAUGCGCGUUCCGGCCGAAGGGGGGUAAAUUUCCCAACUCCAGGAAUUUGUGGCUGAGAGGGCAAAUAAGCGCGGCUCUCCCGGCGCCCCGAUGCUGGCACCAUGUCGAGGCGCAAGCAGGCGAAACCCCAGCACAUCAACUCCGAGGAGGACCAGGGCGAGCAGCCUCCGCAGCAGCCGACCCCCGAGCUCGCAGAUGCGGCCCCAGCGGCGGGGCAGCCGGGUGUGCCAAUGAACCACCUGGGGCAUGGCGACGAACUGAGUGGGGACAAAGCCACUGGAAAGCGGCCUCGGCGGGAGGAGACCCACGUCUGCGACAAGUGUUGUGCUGAGUUCUUUGUCUUCUCUGAAUUCUUGGAACAUAAGAGAAAUUGCACUAAAAAUCCACCCGUCCUCAUCAUGAAUGAUGGCGAGGGGCCGGUGCCUUCUGAGGACUUCCCCCAAGCCGUGCUCAGCCAACAGCCCCUGAGUCCGGGUGGCAAGGAGGGUGGCAGCAGCUCGGGGGAUGCCAAGGACAAGCUGGGCGCGGAGUCUGUCAUGUACCUGAAAACAGAGGCUGCUCUGCCACCCACCCCACAGGACCUCGGCUACUUACCCAAAGGCAAAGUGACCAACACCAACGUGACCCUGCAGGCGCUCCGGGGCACCAAGGUGGCGGUGAACCAGCGCAGUGUGGACGCGCCCCCCGCACCCGUGCCCGGUGCCAGCAGCAUCCCCUGGGUCCUGGAGCAGAUCCUGUGUCUGCAGCAGCAGCAGCUGCAGCAGAUCCAGCUCACGGAGCAGAUCCGAAUCCAAGUGAACAUGUGGGCAGCACACGCCCUGCACUCUGGGGCGGCGGGCACCGACACCCUGAAGGCCCUGGGCAGCCACAUGUCCCAGCAGGUGUCUGCCACCGUGGCCCUGCUCAGCCAGAAGGCCGGAAGCCAGGGUCUGUCCCUGGACACCUUGAAACAAGCCAAGCUACCUCACGCCAACGUCCCCUCCCACGGCCCGCUGACCCCAGGGCUGGCGCCCUUUGCCCUGAAGCCGGAUGGGACUCGGGUGCUCCCAAAUGUCAUGUCUCGCCUUCCGGGCGCUUUGCUACCUCAGGCCCCAGGCUCUGUGGUCUUCCAGAGCCCUUUCUCCACCGUGGCACUAGACCCAGCCAAGAAAGGGAAAGGGAAGCCCCCCAACAUCUCCGCGGUGGAUGUCAAACCCAAAGACGAGGCGGCCCUCUACAAGCACAAGUGUAAGUACUGUACCAAGGUGUUCGGGACUGACAGCUCCUUGCAGAUCCACCUGCGCUCACACACUGGAGAGAGGCCGUACAUGUGCGCUGUCUGUGGCCACCGCUUCACCACCAAGGGCAACCUCAAGGUGCACUUUCACCGGCACCCCCAGGUGAAGGCAAACCCCCAGCUGUUCGCUGAGUUCCAGGACAAAGUGGGGGCAGGCAGUGGCGUCCCCUGUGCACUCUCUGUCCCUGUGCCCAUCGUAGAUGAGCCGAGUCUCUCUGUAGACAGCAAACCUCUCCUGGUAACGGGGACCCCUCCCAUAGGGCUACCUCAGCAUAUCCCCUCGGGGACUAACCCCAAGGACCUCCUGGGUGGCCCACCUCUGCCCAGCGACCUGCAUCCGGGUCCCUCCCCAGAAAGUGAGGGUGGACCCACACUACCAGGGGUGGGGCCCAACCAUAACCCUCCCAGGGUCGGUGGCUUCCAGGGCACUGGGCCCCCCGAGCCGGGGUCCGAGACCCUGAAAUUGCAGCAGCUGGUGGAGAACAUCGACAAGGCCACCACUGACCCCAACGAAUGUGUCAUUUGCCACCGAGUCUUAAGCUGCCAGAGCUCCCUGAAGAUGCAUUACCGCACGCACACCGGGGAGAGGCCGUUCCCAUGUAAGAUCUGUGGCCGCGCCUUUUCCACCAAAGGCAACUUGAAGACACACCUCGGGGUGCACCGAACCAACACGGCGGUGAAGAUACAGCACUCGUGCCCCAUCUGCGAGAAGAAGUUCACCAACGCGGUCAUGCUGCAGCAGCACAUCCGCAUGCACAUGGGCGGCCGCAUCCCCAACACGCCCCUGCUGGAGAGGCCCUGCGAGCUGGCCGGGCCCGAGCCCGCCGCUGUGCUCUGUGACAGCAGCAGCAUGGGCCACAAGCAGGUGGACGUGGAGGAGAUCGGCUCCCACGACACCCCCGGCGGCGGCUGCUCCAAGGUGUCCGUGCCGCUGCCCAGCAUCCAUGUGGCGUCACCCACGGUGGUGGUGGCCUCCCAGGACGCCCCCGGGAAGGCGGCGGGUCCUGCCCCUGCUCCUCUGAGCCUGCAGCGCCAGAGCAGCAGGGAGAACGGCUCGGGGGAGAGCGACGGGCUGACCAACGACGACUCCUCCCUGGCCGGUGACCAGGAGUACCCGAGCCGGAGCCCGGAUGUCAUGGAGGCCGUGUGUGCCCAGGCCCUGUCCCCGGCCAAUAGCCAAGCAGAAAGCGUCAAGUCCCGGUCCCCAGAUACCGGGCUCAAAGCUGAGAGCUCCGAGAACAGCCGCCCUGAGAUGGAAGGUCGCAGCGGCCUCCCGCCCACGUUCAUCCGCGCACAGCCCACCUAUGUCAAAGUCGAGGUUCCCGGCUCAUUUGUUGGCCCCUCUGCGUUGUCUCCUGGCAUGACGCCUCUGCUGGCCGCCCAGCCCCGCCGGCAAGCCAAGCAGCAUGCCUGCACGCGCUGUGGGAAGAACUUCUCCUCGGCCAGUGCCCUGCAGAUCCACGAACGCACGCACACUGGAGAGAAGCCUUUUAUGUGCAGUGUGUGUGGGCGAGCCUUCACCACCAAAGGCAACCUGAAGGUCCACUACAUGACUCACGGGGCCAACAAUAACUCCGCUCGCCGCGGGAGGAAGCUGGCCAUCGAGAACACCAUGGCCCUGCUGGGCGCGGAUGGAAAGCGAGUGCCAGAAAUGUUUUCCAAGGAGAUCCUGUCGCCCUCGGUGAGCAUGGACCCGGUGGUGUGGAGCCAGUACACCAGCAUGCUCAACGGCGGCCUGGCCAUGAAGACUAAUGAGAUCUCGGUAAUCCAGAGCGGCGGGAUCCCCACCCUGCCCGUGUCCCUGGGGGCCAGCUCGGUGGUGAGCAGCACCACCGCCUCCAAGAUGGACAGCUCCCAGUCUGGCGGCAGUGCGGCCGAGAAGCCAGGCGUCACUGAUGGCGUUGCCAAACACCAGUUCCCUCACUUCCUGGAAGAAAACAAGAUCGCAGUCAGCUAAGCUGGGGAGAUGGAACGGGAGCGCGAGGGACCCAGAUCUCCAGUGUCCUUUUUCUUACUGAUAUGCAAAUGAUGUUUACGGUGGGUGGUAACCCAACCUGGGCUAUUCCUACAAUCACAAUUGUUGCUAUGCUGCUUUGCAAAAAAAGUAAACAAAGGAAAAUUUAAAAAGAAACAAACAAAGUUCAUACCAAAACUGACUAGAUUUUUUUUUUUUUUAAUUUUUGGAAAGAAGCGGGUCUUGCAAAGUAGCUUUCUUACUUGCAACAAACUAUGUACGUAGAAGCUUUGUACAACCUAGAGUGACUCUUUCCAAAGACUGUGUGCCAAUUGGAACUGACUGAACCACAGUGGAAAAGACAACUCCUUAGCCUAAUCGUGGGGUGAGGGACUGUGUACUUCCGUGCUGACUAUGCGGGUAAAUGGACAAGGGUCUGUCAUCUAUUUAGGGGCCAAUUUGAUGGCUCCCCAAUCUUUCACCAUCUUUUGUUUCCUUUUGUUUUGUUGAAUGUACUUAAAAGGAAGACAACCCAAACAAACCGGGGUUGCAGAAUUAACAGAAUCCCUUCAGCCUCAGGACGGAAGUAGCUGCCCUUGCGUGGAUGUGCUGUAGUCCGCAGGGAGCCGGUGUGUGGGUGUGUGUGUGUGUACGUACGUGUGCUUUGCUGCUUAUUUAAAUACAGUCCAUCUGGAGCCCCCCGAGUGUGAACCACUCCCACAUUUUGCAGGUGCCUUGCCUUCCCGCGCCAGGACAGCGGGGCACUGAGCCGGGAUUCUCAGGUGACUUGGGGUUUGCAAGUGCCUGCUCUGUUUUGAAGAAUGCGUUUUCAUUCUUAACUCAUGGAAGAUGGAACCUCUGUAUCACAAGUUCUCAUUUUUUGUUUUUGUUUUUGUUUUUUAAUUUCCUUGGUGCAGCUGAAGCCAAGUAAUAAUGAAGAUCUCUUCUCCCCCGCCCUGCACCCCGGCGUGUUGCAUGAAGGCUAUGAAGUUGGGACAGGCAGUCCUGGGUGUGAAAGCUUUAAUUUAUCUACCUCAUUCAUUUUUUAUUUUUGUAGCCAUAGUCUCUAUUUUCCUAUUUUAUGACCGCUGAAGUAUUCCAGGCUCCGUCUUAAAGCUAAGAGUUGGUGGGAACAGCCGGAUGUUCGAGAAGUCUUUGAUCCCUUUUUUUAAACUCCCCUUUGUACAUGUGAUAAUAUUAAGCAGUUGAUGAAGCGUGGCUCUAGCUGUUAAAUGAGGAAGGAGGAAAAAAAUCAGACGGCCGGGUGGGGGAGUCUUUCUCCCUGCUGAAGCCCUUGUGGAACUGCAGAUCCAGACUGUUACUCGAGUUUUGUCUCUUAGUUACUGCACCUGACUUUAGGACCCAAACAAGUGUUUUUGCCAAGUUGUGCCUUUCCUUCUGGAACUGUAAGAACACAAUGACAGCACCUGUUUACACUGUGAAGUGUGUGUUGUUGCCGAGAACCACCCCAGUGGCGCGCUCACUGCCGAGCUGAGAAUGCCUUGUGAAUGUAUGGUCUGCCGAGAUCCCUGGAGCUGUACCUGCUGAUGCUGGCUGUGUCUGUUGGAAAAUAAAUUCUGAAUGUUUUUUUU